AUGGAGAAUACCUGGAGAGUCCUGCUGCUGCUGGGCCUGGCUACAGUAGUCUCAGCUGCACCUAGAAGAGUGUUCACCUUCAAGGAAGCUGCAGUCCUGGCUUCAAGGAAGUUUAAUCAGGGCUCAAAUGAAGGAAGACAGUAUCGUGUUGUGGAGGCCAGUCUUUCCACUCCAGACUCACCACUCGUGCUGCCACUGACUUUCAGAGUUAAGGAAACUGAGUGUCCUUCAUCAGAACGUCGGGAUCCAGAAACCUGUGCCUUCAGAGAGAAUGGAGCGGAGAAGGAAUGUACAGCAAACUUCACCAAGCUGUCACGUUUUGGGCUCCGUUCCCUCAACUGUGUGGACAUAGUCAAUGACAAUAAUCAGCCAACUCGUUUUAAAAGAGCUUCAUCAGAUGAUUUCAUUGAUACCAGCUCUCUUCCACCCAAAAUCAAACAGAUAAUUGACCAGGCCAGAUUUGACGUAAUAUCUAGAAUCUUGAGUAACUUCUGAAGAAAAGAACUAGAGGGGAGCCAGUGAAAUGGAGAACUUUGGCGAACAUAAAAGCUGUACUUUUAUCCCUAUCCUUCCCUGCUUUGGUUGGAAAUAAAGUUGCAAUCAAAACU